AUGUGGUCGACUAAUAAAAUUAUUGUCGUACUACUUGUACAAUCAUUACUAAUCACUGACAUCAAUAGUAGUGCUAGUCGCCGUCGUCGUCGUCGUCGUCAAACAUCAGGAUCAUUGUAUGGUACGAAUGCAGGCUUAGGUUCAAGUGCACCUGCAGGCUUUAAUUAUCCUGCGAAUAAUAAUAUAGAGGGUAUACGUAUGAAUAAUCCAGACGCAAGAGAUAUUUAUGGUAAUCCUAUGGGAUCAUCAAAUAUAGAUAAUACUUUACAAAAUGUUAAUUUAUACGGUCUACAACGUCCACAACAACAGCCAUUAUAUGGAACAAAUGAUCAAUCAUCAUUAAAUUCUUUAUAUAAUGGAAAUAAUUUUUAUUCUGGUAGUGGUACAAAUCCACUUUUACGUGAUCAAUAUGGAAAUCCUAUCUCACCAGUUAAAGGAUCUGUUGGUACUUCAUUGUAUCCGUCGUCCAAUUCUCAAAUGGCUUAUCCAGUUAAUCCAAAUCAAGUUUUAACUAAUAAAGACUUUUAUGGUGCAUCAUCAAAUACCAAUAACAAUCAAUAUUCGUAUAACAAUGAUCUAUUACCAAAUCGUAACACAUAUGGUGGACCGAUGGAUCCAAAUGCGAAUAAAAAUUUUUUGCCAAACACAAAUAAUAACCAAUAUUCUUAUAACAACGAUCUAGGACCAAAUCGUAAUAGCUAUGGUGGAUUAACGGAUCCUAAUGCAAAUAAAAAUUUUUUGCCAAACACAAAUAAUAACCAAUAUUCCUAUAACAACGAUCUAUUACCAAAUCGUAAUACAUAUGGUGGACCGAUGGAUCCGAAUGCGAAUAAAAUUUUUUUGCCAAACACAAAUAAUAACCAAUAUCCUAAUAAUAACGAUCUGGGACCAAAUCGUAAUACCUAUGGUGGAUUAACGGAUCCUAAUGCGAAUAAAAAUUCAUGGUCAAAUACAAAUACUUAUAAUCGACCUAAUCAAAAUGCUGCUAAUUCUUGGUAUCCAAAUAAAGAUGACAAUUUUCGUAAUUCUAAUAAAUACGGGCAGCAAAAUUCAUAUUAUUAUAAUAAGGGUUAUAAAUUAACAGUAUCAUAUUUUAUUAUAUUUCUCUCAUUUUUUGCUUCUAUCGUCUAA